CAGCGGUGGCGGCGCUCUCGGCCGCGGCAGCCAAGGAUCCAGCCGCGGCCAGGGCGGCGCAGCAGACAAUAACCGGGCUGAGAGCCGGACCGGGCCGGGAGCUGGAGAGCAGAAGGAGACUGCAAGCAAGGCCGUCACAAGGGCCAUUUAUCAACCAUCUGUUUGGUGCCCAGCGAUUAGUUUGCCUUGACAUUGAUCAUCUCUAAUCACAUCUCACCACAGCCCUGCAUGACCCUACGGUGAUGCCUCCUCAACUGAUGAUGUUGUAACAGUGCCUGGAAGGCAGCGGCUGCAUUUCCAGCUUAAACCUAUCUGAGUUGUCCCCAUCGCCAUGGAAACCCAAAAGGAUGAAGCUGCUCAGGCCAGGGGAGCGACAGCUUCGGGGGACACCCAGGACCAAGGGGCAGAAAAAGGAGCCAAGAAGAACAAGGCAGCUGAACCGACAGAAGGGCCAACAUCAGAGCCGCCCUCCUCUGGCCCAGGUAGGCUGAAGAAAACUGCCAUGAAACUCUUUGGUGGCAAGAAGGGGAUCUGUACUCUGCCUAGUUUCUUUGGAGGGGGACGAAGCAAAGGUUCUGGGAAAGGCAGCUCCAGGAAGGGUCUCAGUAAGAGCAAGACCCAUGAUGGCCUGAGCGAAGCAGCCCAUGGUCCUGAAGAGGUUGUCAGUGAAGGAACUGGCUUCCCGCUACCUUUGCCUGAGUCACCCUGCGGAUUUCCCAGCUCCCAGAGUGCCCACGGGGCUUUGGAGACAGGCUCCAGGAGGAAGACAUCAGCGGCUGGAGCCCCAGAGAAAGCUGGGGAUGAGAAGGUUCCCUCUGUGCCCAAGCCAAAGAAAGGCCUAAAAGGCUUUUUCAGCAGUAUUCGUCGGCACAGGAAGAGCAAGGUCACUGGGGCUGAGCAAAAUGAGCCAGGGGCAAAGGAUCCUGAGGGCACCAAAGCCAGGCCUCAUGAGCUCGUUAGCUCGUCACCUCUGCUCCCCUCUGAGGAGUCCUUCCAAGCCCUAAGAAAGGAAAAUUCCAAGCCCCAGGAAGCCCCUGGACCAAAAGUUUCUCCGGUACCAGAGCGUUCUCCACCACCCACUGAGAAGAUGGCCUGCAAAGAUACAGAAAAGCUCCCAGGGGCCUGUGCCCCGGUACUAGUGCAGCCCAACUCUGUCCCUGAAGCCAGUAGCCUAGAGGAGCCCCACAGCCCAGAAACAGGCGAGAAAGUGGUGGCAGGAGACGUAAACCCGCCUGGCGGUCCUGUGGGAGACCAGCUGAGCCUCCUGUUUGGGGAUGUCACAUCCCUGAAAAGCUUUGACUCUCUGACAGGUUGUGGUGACAUUAUAGCUGAACAGGACAUGGACAGUAUGACAGACAGCAUGGCCUCUGGGGGCCAGAGGGCCAACCGAGAUGGGACCAAAAGAAGUUCUUGCCUGGUGACCUACCAAGGAGGUGGGGAAGAGAUGGCCCUGCCGGAUGAUGAUGAUGAUGACGAAGAGGAGGAGGAGGAGGAGGAAGUGGAGUUAGAGGAGGAAGAAGAGGAAGUCAAAGAGGAGGAGGAAGACAAUGACUUAGAAUAUCUGUGGGCCAGUGCUCAGAUGUACCCGAGACCCAAUAUGAACCUGGGCUACCCUCCCACCACAUCCCCGGGCCACCAUGCCUACAUGCUCCUUGACCCUGUUCGGUCUUACCCUGGUCUGGCCCCUGGGGAACUUCUGACUCCUCAGAGUGACCAGCAAGAAUCGGCCCCUAAUAGUGAUGAAGGCUAUUAUGAUUCUACCACACCCGGCUUUGAGGAUGAUUCAGGUGAGGCCCUGGGGCUCGUGCGUAGGGAUUGCUUACCCCGUGACAGUUACAGUGGUGAUGCCCUCUAUGAGUUCUAUGAGCCAGAUGACAGUCUCGAGAACUCCCCGCCCGAGGAUGAUUGCCUUUACGACCUCCAUGGCCGCAGCUCUGAGAUGUUUGACCCCUUCUUGAACUUCGAGCCCUUUUCUUCCUCACGGCCACCAGGGGCUAUGGAGACAGAGGAGGAGCGGCUGGUGACUAUCCAGAAACAGUUGUUGUAUUGGGAACUCCGGCGGGAGCAACUCGAGGCCCGGGAGGCACGCACCCGAGAGGCUCAUACCAGGGAAGCCUGUGCCCGAGAGACCCACUCCCGGGACACUCAUGCCAGGGAGCCCCGUGCCCGAGAGGCCCCAGCCAGAGAGGCUCGUGCUCGAGAAGCCCCGGCCCGGCAAGAGAAGCCCGUCUUGGAGUAUCAGAUGAGGCCCCUAGGCCCCUCGGUGAUGGGCCUGGUGGCAGGAGCAUCAGGGGCCUCUCAGACGUCCUGCCGGGGAACCACCUCAGCUUUCCCCACCACUGCGAGCAGUGAGCCAGACUGGAGGGAUUUCCGUCCACUGGAGAAGCGAUUCGAGGGAACCUGCUCCAAGAAAGAUCAAAGCACCUGCCUGAUGCAGCUCUUCCAGAGUGAUGCCAUGUUUGAGCCAGACAUGCAGGAAGCAAAUUUUGGAGGCUCACCCAGGAGGGCCUACCCUACUUACUCGCCCCCUGAGGAGCCAGAGGAAGAGGAGGUGGAGAAGGAAGGGAAUGCCACCGUGAGCUUCUCCCAGGCCCUGGUGGAGUUCACCAGCAACGGAAACCUCUUCUCCAGCAUGUCCUGCAGCUCUGACUCUGACUCGUCCUUCACUCAAAACCUCCCCGAGCUGCCGCCCAUGGUGACCUUUGACAUCGCUGAUGUGGAACGAGACGGAGAAGGCAAGUGCGAAGAGAAUCCUGAGUUCCACAAUGACGAAGACCUCGCAGCCUCCUUGGAAGCUUUCGAACUGGGCUAUUACCACAAACAUGCCUUCAACAACUACCGCAGCCGUUUCUACCAAGGCCUGCCCUGGGGUGUGAGCAGCCUCCCUCGAUACUUGGGACUACCUGGCAUGCACCCUCGACCUCCACCUGCUGCCAUGGCCCUCAACAGGAGGAGCCGCUCCCUCGACACAGCGGAGACCUUAGAGCUGGAGCUGUCUAAUUCUCACCUAGCCCAGGGCUACUUGGAGUCUGAUGAGCUCCAGGCUCAGCAGGAAGAUUCAGAUGAAGAAGAAGAGGAGGAAGAGGGAGAAUGGGGCCGAGACAGCCCCCUGUCCCUCUAUACUGAACCCCCAGGGGCCUAUGACUGGCCUGCCUGGGCUCCCUGUCCCCUACCCAUUGGGCCAGGCCCUGCCUGGAUGAGCCCUGGCCAGUUGGAUGGGCCUUCCAGCCAGUCUCCAUAUGGGCAGGCAACCUGUUGUGUACCUCCUGUGGCCAAGCCAGUGGCGCUUUCAGGGCCAGGGCCAGAGCCAAGGGCACCUGAGGAAUCUGGGCCUCAGCUAGCUCGACCCUCACACCUACCCCUACCCAUGGGCCCUUGCUAUAACCUUCAGCCACAGGCCUCCCAGAGUAUGAGGGCCAGGCCUCGAGAUGUGCUGCUGCCUGUCAAUGAGCCCAGUUGCUCCUCUGGCUCUGUAAGCUUCAAUCCCAGCCCUCUGCCCCAGGCCAAGCCUGUAGGCAUCACCCAUGGCAUCCCUCAGCUGCCCAGGGUCCGGCCUGAGCUCCUCCAGCCUCGGCCCAGUCACUAUGGGGCUUCCGGCCUUGACCUGUCAAAGGAGAAGGCCGAGCAAGGUGCCUCUCUCCCCACCAGCUACUCCUCCACUGCCGUGAAUGGAAACCUAGCCAAGUAGUCAUCCUCAAUUCCGGAGUGGGGGCAUGGGGCCUGAGCAUGUGA